AUGUCCGAGGCAACGAAGCCAGAGGAGCCAAUCCCGGCCGAGCAGCACGAGCAGCACGAGCAGCACGAUCAAGACGGCGAGAUGGCAGGAACAGAGGAGGAAGAAAUCUCGGCCAUGAAGCGUCGCGUGGCGGAAAUGGAACAGGAGGCAGAGAAGCUCCGGGAGAUGCAAGCCAGCCUGGAGCAGCAGUCAGCCAGCCUCGCCGACGACAAAGAGUCGGUCGACUCGCGCAGCAUCUUUGUUGGCAACGUCGACUACUCUGCGUCGCCUGAGGAGAUUCAGGCGCACUUUCAGAGCUGCGGCUCCAUCAACCGCGUGACAAUUCUCCUCGACAAGUUCUCGGGCCAACCGAAGGGAUAUGCCUACGUCGAGUUCACAGAACCCAGCCUCGUCGCGCAGGCCCUUGUUCUCAACGAGAGCGUCUUCAAGGGCCGCAACAUCAAGGUGACGUCGAAGCGCACCAACGUGCCGGGCAUGGGCCGCGGGCGCGGACGCGGCGGCUUCCGCGGCGGCAGGGGCGGGUUCGGUCGUGGUGGCGGGUUCCCUCCCCGGGGCGGCUACCGAGGGGGCGGUCGGGGCCGGGGUCGGGGCUUCGCGCCUUACUAG